AUGGAAGAAGCCACUGCUUCCCUCCUCUCCAUCAUUCAAGACCUGCUGGCCACCAAGCCGACUGCCGCGCCUGCCGCGCCUGCUGCCUCUGCCGCAUCGGCUUCCAAGCGCCCAGCAGAGUCGGUUUUGGCGGAGGCGAAACGGCCCAGAGCGGAGGAGUGGUCCUGGUUGGAGGACUGCAGCCGUUCUGCCGAGACAGAACGCCUCGCGGCCAUGUCGGCAGCACGGCUGCACGGCCGCCGUGCCGUGCUAACGGCUGCGGCGGUGGUGGAGGUCGCGGUGCCUCCGGAGGCGCCUGUGGAGGCUGUGGAGGUGGUGGACGCGGAGGCAGUGCCGUUGUUCUGGCGGGUGGAUCUACCGGAGGUGUUGAAGGUGCUCUCGCAACGGGGCGUGCUCCCCAGCAACUUUCUACCCGUGGUGAAGCCCCACGUGACGCUGCUCUACCUGGGUGGCGACCUGCCGGAACACCGCGCGGCCAGCCGUUGCGGCAUGACGCUGCAGCAGUUUCGAAGUGCCAAGCAGGCAUUGGAGAAGCUCCAAGGGAAGCAGGUGGCGGUGAAGAUGACCGAGAUCAUCAUCGAGGAAAACGUGGCCUGCGCCCUGGUGGAGCUCCCCAAAGGCGUGCCAUGCGCCAGCAAGAUUCCCCACCUGACACUGGGCACCCGGGAAAACGUGCCGGCGCGGCAUGCCAACGACAUCUUGGAAGACAUCGUGAGCCAAGGGCGAACUGAAGGCAUUACCCGGAUCAAAUUGCCCAAAGCCAAGGAGCUGCGAGGUGUUUUGGACCUCGAGACCUCCGACAGCUACGCAGGCGGUGUGUUGGAAGCUCGAGAGGGGCACUUUGCGAGCCGGAAACGAAAAUUUGAGAAAACAGUGGCUGCUGCAGAGGCAAGUCGAAAAGACAAGGUUUUACUCUGGAGGAAGUUCGCCCGUGGGAAAGGAAAGCAGGCCUGGCCCAAGGUCCACUGCGUGAACUUCGCACAGCUCAAUGGCUGGCUGAAGGCGCGCCGUUUGUCCGACCGCUUUGCCUUGCAGGGCUUGAAGCGAACGGACCUUGCAGAGAUGCACCUUCCUGCGGGGGUCCAGAUCCUUUGGGGAAGCUACAGAAAUGUGACAGCACCAGUGAGUGCUGAGACAUCUGGGUGGCUACCUGCAUAUCAUGGCACUUGGUUCUAUGGACUCUGGAGCAUCCUUCAUCAUGGCAUUUUCCUUGAAUCCACCGAUGAAGGUAGAGGUCAUGAAUUCUCAACACCGGGCGUCUACGUCACACGGCGCUUCGAGACAGCCAGGGAAUACGCGCGGCCGCAUCAGCUCUUUUCGGAUGGGACCUUCUACCGCUGCGUCGUGAAGGUUCGGUAUGACCCUCAAGAAGUGCGGAAACAAAAAUCCAAGGGUGGAGAUCAGGUGGUGGUUCCAAGUUGCGCAGUGGUCAUUGAAGGAGUCUUCUUCUGCGCGAACGAUCCCCCAAUGAAAGGGGAGGAACGCUUUGAAGAUUGGCAAGAUGAACUGGAAGUGAUUCCAUAUGGUAUUGUCCCAACCGCGACGGAGCGCCUUGCAGCCGCGCCGCUGGAGGUCGCGGUGCCAGAGGCGCCUGUGGAGGCGGAGGUCGACGCGGAGGCAGUGCCGUUGUUCUGGCGGGUGGAUCUGCCGGAGGUGUUGAAGGUGCUCUCGCAACCUGGCGUGCUCCCCAGCAACUUUCUACCCGUGGUGAAGCCUUACGUGGCCCUGCUCUACCUGCGUGGCCACCUGCCAGAACACCGCGCGGCAAGCCGUUGCGGCAUGACGCUGCUGCAGUUUCGAAUCGCCAAGCAGGCAUUGGAGAAGCUUCAAGGGAAGCAGGUGGCGGUGAAGAUGACGGAGUUCAUCAUCGAGGAAAACGUGGCCUGCGCCGUGGUGGAGCUCCCCAAAGGCGUGCCAUGCGCCGGCCAGAUUCCGCACCUGACACUGGGCACACGGGAAAACGUGCCGGCGCAGCAUGCAUGCGACGUCUUGGAAGAGAUCCUGAGCCAAGGGCGAACUGAAGGCAUUACUCGGAUCAAAUUGCCCAAAGCCAAGGAGCUGCUAGGCAUUUUGGACAUCGAAACCUCCGACAGCUACGCGGGGAGGAAGUGA